AUGGGCUUGUGACAUCAUAAUAUUACUGUUUCCCUUUAAAACAACACAGUUUGGAGUUUACGCCGAUAACAAAAUGGAAAUGAAAAUAUUCUGGAGCUCAAAACUGGCACGUUGAAAAAGUCACAACCGGUGCACUCAACAGGUGAAAAUGAACGUGUUCAACAUCAAAGACUCGUAUAUAACUCCCAUCAUCUUGAGUUAUGUGGACAAGUACAUCAAAGAUAUCCGUCUUCAAGACACCCAGGUGUCCCUUUGGAGCGGGGAGGCAGUUUUCCACAACCUCAACCUGAGGCUGGACGUCCUGGAGCAGGAAUUCGCAUCACCGUUCACGUUUGUUAGUGGACAAAUCCAUGAGCUGGCUAUCAACGUUCCAUGGACGAAAUUACAGUCUGAGCCAAUUAAAAUCACUAUCAACACCAUAGAAUGCGUCCUGAAAUUGAAAAACUAUGGGACAGAUAAUGUUGAGACGUCCACAGUUUCCAGCACUGGCUCAAGAGAGGCACGAAGCAAAGCUAAAAAGCAAGAAAUGGAGUCAGCCCCCGGCUACGUUCAAAGUCUGGUCAACAAGAUCGUCAGCAACAUUACCAUAGAAUGCAAUAAUGUUAUUCUGAAGUAUUUGGAAGAAGAUAUGGUGCUAUCUUUAAAUGUCAGAUCUCUGCUUUUGCAAUCUGCCAAUAGUUCUUGGCAGCCAUGUUUCGCUGAAAUUACUCCUGCUCAAUUGAUUUUGAGGAAACUGGUUACGCUGCAUGACCUCACUGUUUGUUUGGACAGGAGAAACUCUUCUGGAAAAAUUGAAUUUUAUGAGGAGCCUAUUUUAUACCGUUGUUCAAUGGAGAUCAGAAUGAGUCGGACGUACACCAACAUGGCAGCCAGUUUCGCCAAGGAAAUGAAAAUAGACAUCAAAUGCAACCGCAUGGAUUUUUCCGUUUCAGACCAGCAGAUGCCGAUGCUGCUAAGAGUGAUGAGACUUGCCCUUGCUUGGUACCUGGGCGAAUUGAAGGAAUUGCAGAAAGAAUCCGAUCCUGUUGCUGGCGCUGAAGACGCUCAGGAUGAACUGGCCACUAGUGAAGAGGGAGGCGAGUCGUGGAUGGGUUGGGCGUGGAGUCUGGUGCCGUCGUUAUCUCUGGUUGACGAAGACUACACCCAGAGUCAGGAGGACACAGACCACGUCCUGAUGAUGGGCUUCUAUGUCGACAGCAUGUCGGUUGUGUUCAAACUGGCGGCAGACUCGACAGAACGCUGCUAUUAUGGCACAAAGAAGAUCAAAUUCGCACCUCUUGUUGGACUUGAUCUGCAGGGCUGCUUUAUGGAAGGUGCUGUGGUGGGAUUGAAGGCUGUCAACGUGACCACCGGUGCCAGCCAGCUGAUCAUGAAGCCAAUGGGCGAGCAUUGCUCAUGCGGCGUUGAUGACUUGCAGACGCAGUUUCUGGCCAUGGGAAGUCAGUGUGAUAACUAUGUAACGAACUCCAUGUUCAGCAAGAGUGAAGAAGACGGCAGGAGACACUUGGCCUCUUGGGAGGAGCAUCUUACUAAUGUCACAGAGGGCGCUCUGCUCUUCCGAACUCCAGCCUUUGCCAUGGAUUACAGAUAUUUGUUGGAUUUGUCAGAUGGCAUGAGCACCGAGUUUGUCCAGCAGUUUGAAGGGGACCUGGAGAACAGCAACCUGCCUGAGAGGGCUCUUUGCAGAAUGGUGAUUGGUCCGCUGCAGCUGAACGUCACUUCAGGUCUAAUUCACCGUGCCCAGGAAAUCAUGAAAGCGGCCAGCAACUACAACUACCCCCCAUACGUCGACCCACCUGCUGAGCCAACACUUUCCAGCCUGACUCCUCCUUCCGAGAGUGACAUUUCAGCGCUGGAAACCUACAUUCCGAUCAGAGCCUACCAGCUCACCAUGUUCAAGCCGGUUGUAAACAUCACCUACCUGGAUCACCCUGAGAAGAGGCGCAAGAGGAGAGAGUUCGAGGGUGGGGCUCCGUACCUGAGUUUCGAGUGCCAGUGUCUGGACGCGACGCACGUCAAGCCCAUGUACCCAAACAGGGUGGCAACCACCUCGUGUCAGGUGGCAGCGCCGUCGGAAAACCUGUUCACCAACUCGCACCGCCACUCGAACAUCAAGCUCCUCAGCGUCUCUUGCAGCCUGGUCACAGGCAAGAGCAUUUCCAACGUGCUCCUGCCCUGCCACCUGACCCUGAGCCACAAGUACCUCAUCUAUCCUCACCUGUGGCCCAAGGACAAUUUGCCCUACUCUGGAUGGAAUUUUGAGUCGGACCAAAUCGCCCUCAUGGCAAACAAGCAGCACUUCCUCGCAGCCAUUGAAAUUUUGACGUUCGGAAACGGCCUAGUCGACGCAGAGGAGUCUUCACUUCCAUAUUUGGAGCUUGUUCUGCAGGGGCUGUCCUUCCAAAGAGUGUAUUCGGCGCAGGCCAAGACCGACAAGUUCCAGCUGAAUUCGUGCAAAAUUUCCACCCCAAGCUCCGAGGUCUUCAACACAAAAGACGAUCACCUUAUUUCCGCCACCUUCCAACAUUCUCACACUAGUGUGCUUCCAAACGUAGUUGUCGUCAGUAUCGGCAAGUUCGACGCCAACAUGAACCAGGACCUGCUGAAAUGGCUUUUGUUUGACCUUUCAACUGCUGCGAGACCUGAAAAAAGGCUGAAGAAAAAAUCAAAAUCGGUCAAAUCUGGCAGUGCUGGCUCCAAAUCUAAAACAACAACCCCUGGGCCUGAGUCGUUUUACAGCUCUGAGAUGACAAAUAAGAUGAUUGCCAAAGAGGAUCAUUCUUUUACAAAUAAGUUCCUAAAGUUUUACAAAGAUUGGCAGUGCGCCUUCAUCUCUGUGGAUGUCGCGCCCGCUGUUCUGCACAUUCCAGUCAAGAAAGAUAAACUAAGCAUUAAGCUUCCAAGUGUCUCGUUCAAGAGCACAAACCAACGGCAAGGCAUUCACAUCCUGCUCGCCAAGCUGCCCGUGAUUCUUCCGUCGACCAUUUGGAGGAGCGACAAGGAUACGUUUCCUUGGAGCCUGUCCGUUUCUAGUCUGAGUUGUGAUACCAUCACGGGUGGCGUUCAGAGGCCACUGAUCCACCCAGUGUCGGCAAACUGCACCAUCGCCGUGUCCAAACCAGAAGGCUCCGUCGGUCUUUGCGUCCACAUUGACACGUCUCUUCUUCAGGUCGACCUCGGUCCAGAGCAAGUCAGCCUACUGGUGCAGGUGCUGCAGACAAUGAGCCAGCUGUUGAAGAGCAAGGAAGAGCCAAUUGGAGUCAAGGUAGAGCUGCAGCCUCCACAGCCGCUGCAGACGCCGCCGCCGACCAUCACUGCUCCAUCCAUUCACCACCAGCCGAUGAGCGUUGGCUCCAUAAGUGAAGUGUCCGCCCAAGAGGUCGACCGCAAGUUUGACAAAGAUGGAGGGGUCAAGGUGACCGCCUGGGUGCAGUGGACGCUGGCCAGAAUUCUGCUCAACCUGUACUCGGCGGACGGCAGGUACAAGAUUUCCGGUGAUAUGGAGGAUAUGAUGACCUCGUUGGACAUACAGCAGAUUUAUCUGAAGGCAAAGUCGCGGAUCACCGCUGCCAGUAUCCAGCACUACCAACGGGAAGAAGAUGUGUGGCAGCCUGGCCGGCAUCUGGGGCUGAUAGUGCGCUGCAACGACGACACCCUGUCUUCGGCCAAGAAGGACGCAAACCAGACCACAAAGGGCCUGAUUGAUGUGACCUUCACCAGGGCGCGGAGCAACAACGUCCAUCACAAGUGGACGCAGCAGCUCGCUGCUAAUGCCGCGCCGGACGCAGCCGUGGCCGCCCCAAAACCCGCCGGGCCUCGCUACAUCAGCGAGGUUGACGUAAAACUCUGCCCUCUUGACGUGAUUCUGUCCGCGUCCGUAUUCCAAAAUUUCAUCUCGCUGGUAGAGCCAAUCGUGAAGAGUCCGGUGUUGUCACCAUCUCCUUCCCAGCCGUUUGGCUACAGAAUCAACAACAAUACGCUUCCGCUGGUUUACUUCGACAUGAAAGACUUGCGCCUGUUCCUGCCAUGCGAGAAGAGCAGCACACAUGACUUCUGUAUCGUCCAGCUGAGCUCUAUCCACCUGGUGCCGCACGUCGAGAACCCACUCUCCAGGGUCUAUAUCCGGCCAGACAUUUACCAAAUGGCCCAGCAGGCAAACAUCCUUUCUGUACCCGGAUCGCAGGUUGAGGACCGGCAGUACCAACUAGACGUCAAGAGUUUGUCCGUGCAGACUGGCGUUUGGACUGAGUUUGAGCGCUUCAUACAGGUGGAGACAAUCACGGAGCCGCUGAGCGAAAAUCCGGCCGCCGAGUGGAACAAGGAAAGCUUCCGUAACUCUGAGCUGUCGCUUCUGCCGCUGGUGCAGAAGUUUGACGUGAGUUUGAUGGCCGCGCCCGCUGUGGUGUACCAAGAGGUGGUCGGGCAGGCCCAGCGCGACCUCCUCGUGUGCGGGCACUCAGCAGAGAUAAACGCCACUUCCGACAUCAAUCUAAACAUCAGCACAAACCAAAUAAGUUUAAUCACCAAUCUGGGCUUUGAGUGGCUCGCCCUAGCCGCCUCGAUGACUGGCAUGCUCACCAGAUAUUCAAGAGAUUUGCCUGAGGCAGGCAAAAUCGUUGCUCCGUCCGACAGCGGAAUCGAAGACCACUCCAGCGUCUGCUCGCCGCCCAUUCGCAAGAUCAGCAAGGAAAAGAAUCCUGAUUUGGUGCCUCUGGAAAUUUUGGUCACGGCCAGCAGCAUAAAACUGGUGCUUUACAAAAAUCAAGAGGACGAAAAAGUCGAGCCGCUGCUGCAUGUGCUCUUCUCACAGCCGCAUUUGGUGCUCGCCCUGCACAGUCUCAAGCAGAGAAUUGAAGUUUCGUGUUUUGAUCUGGCAUUGAGAACCAGCACUUCCAUUUACCAACAGAAACAACCGCCGGGAUUUGAGCAUUUUGGUAUAUCUCUAUUGCAGACCAAGGGCGGAGAUCCACACCCGAAAACCGGAGUUCCACCUUCGGUUCUCACACUCUCUUGGAAUAACUUUUUAGCCACGUCUGGUGGCAAACUGAAAAUCGACAUUGGGAGGCCGGUUCAUGUUCAGAUAGGCCAGCAUGCUUGGCAGUUGUACCAAAAACUGCAUAAAUUAUUCCCAAAGAGCACCAAGGAUAAUAACCUUCCAAGAAAAGUCCCUAUUGACUUUUUGCAACACAAAAUCGACCUCUCUACCUCGCAACUGGUGCUAACCCUAAAAUUAGGCAACCACCAAGAGCUGGUGGCCAGCCUAGCAGGCAUUUCCGGAGAUGUGCAGCCGAAGAUUUCCUUGUUGAGAGGAACAGGCUCGGUGCGGGUGCAUCUCGACCUGAAUUCUUUCAUGAUCAAAGUCGCUAACGCCAGCAGGCAGAGUCACUUGGUAAAUCCGUGGUGCUUGAGCUGCGACACGCAACUUACCUGGGACUCGUGGUUCAUUAACCUGAACACGCCCAGGUCGCAACUCUUCUUCGACUGUGACUGCUUGGUCAUUGACGUCGGAAAGGACCAGAUCGACUGCUUGCAGAGUCUGGCCAAGAUUUUCGAGAAAUUGCAACAGGAGGACGAGCAAGGCGCCGAAGAGAAGCCGAAACCUCGCGAGGACACUUUAGUUGAGGAGCACUACAGUGAUGACAUCAGGGCAGGAGCUUUCCAGUUCCUCGACGCAAAGGGCACUGAGCCUCAGCCAUAUCAAAUUUUGUUCUCGGACAAGCCUGCGUCCAUGACGUGGCGCUACCCCCACCCAAGGGCUCUCACCAAGGUUCACAUCUACCCAGUACCUUUUGAAGAUGACAUUGAAGAGAUCCCGUGUCAGUUGCAAUACUGGAGUGACAGUGAAAACUGUUUCAAAACGCUUCUGUUCUUCCGUCUAUCCAGCUCACACUUUCACAAACUGGACCUGCCCUUCCCCCGGGAUAAGCAGCACUCGUUCGCCGCGUCAGUGUGGAGGGUGCUACUGGAGCCGUCGUUGCCCUGCCUCUCGCCGCGGGCCUUUGCGGCGUGUCUCAAGGUCGAUUCGUACUUCAACCCGGCCAUAGUUCCCCAGUCGCAGUGUCUGUUCAAAUUGUCUACCGUGAAGGUGAACCUGCUCUGUCAGAACUCGAAAUACGAGCUGCCCCGGCCGCUUGAACACUUCACCUUGGACGGGACCAUUCCCGAGGAGCUUCCUCUGGUCACAAUGGUGCUGGAAUCGAGCAUUAUCUGCCUCAUGCAAUGGCCCAAAGACCUCAAGGUUGAGUUUGGGACGAACAUACGGCUGGAGGUCGUUGAUCUUGCCACCCUCACCGUCAUCCACGCUGUGGACUCAUUUGUAGCUGAGGGCCGAGUCUUCAGAACUGCUCACGAGCAACAUUCGCUGACAGAAAUGUCUCUGCUUGUGCACCCAAUUGAGGUGAAAUUUGGACCAGCGGUCGGACAUGCCAUCUUGACGGCCACCCAGUUGUGGAAAGAGUCUAACAAAACCACCAAGGUUAUUCCUUCGAGAUACGUGGUUUGCAACGAUACUGCCAAGAUCAUCAUUUUUAAACAGUUGGAUACAUCAGAGGAAAUUAUCCUUGGAAGCCGACAGUGCAACUUCUACACUUGGAAAUCCGCCACCAAGAAGCACAAGCUACAAACGAAAAUUGCAUUGAGCCAGGAUGCUUGGAGUGUGGCAACAGCCGUAGAGAAUAAGGAGAAAGUCGAGUUCAUCAAAGAAACCAGGCUUGUCAUGCGGACGGUGCCUCUGUCGACCACUCAAGUAGCGGUCAUUUACAUGGGACAACUGGUGCUCAGCAACACCCUUAGGGAAAAUCUGGAGGUACAAGUUAAAAGUGUGGUCGAUACCAACGGAGACAUUUACAUUCUUCCUGGACACUCAAACUGCUCCUCCAUCGUGAUCGAGGAGGAAAAAGAACUGGUGCUGAAGGUGCGGUUCCAAUCGCUCUCGAGCGCCUGGUCAGGAGACAUUCCGCUGCGAGUGAACCGCAACACCAACAUGCCGUGGUUGGCCAAGGUUCCCCUUCAGGACAAAGGUCAGUUCCUUAGCGUGUGGUGCCGAGUUUUCGUGCAGCAGUGCGACGGCUACAAGAGGAUCCUGGCCGUGAUCUCUCCGCUCUACAACGUCAGGUCGCUGCUGCCGACGCCAAUCCUGCUCAGCAUAAACACGCCGGGUCUCCAAGUAGAGAUGUCCAUGAAGGUGGAGGGAAGAGGCACCAUGCAUGAGCUCUACUGUCCUGGCACGGUCGAGCACAGCCACAAAGCGACCAUCCUGCCACUCAACUCCACCGUGGAUAAGGCAACAACGGUGCCGCUUUCCUACGGAAUGUCCCAGGUGCCAGCUGAUGUGCCUCUUGAGGGCGAAGACGUCCAAAUUGAUGAAAUAUGUUCAAAGAUUCAUAAAUUACCUAAGUGGAAGUGGCCAUAUGUGACAGAAGAUUUUGAUUUCUUCGAGUGUGCUCAGCCACCGGCCAAGGUUCAAGUCAGCUACGAUCUUCAGGGCCCGGCCUACACAACUUUGGUGCUGCAAAUCAGGCCAUGGGCUUUGUUCGUCAACUGUUUACCAUUAGACACGUUGAGUGUUAUUUGCCAAGAUUGGAGUGAAACCUGCAAUCUUCCCCCUGGUGGAGUAAUUGUGCCACCUCACAUAGAGGGGACAUUCCAAAUAUGUAAUGGUCUCUCUGCUACACCCGCUCUGCAACUUGCCAAUGAAGAUUGGAAUUCCAAUUUUUACAUGCCCAGAAUAUCAGGCGUUGUCCCUAGAGAUGGGAGUAUCAACACGACAAUCAAUUUGCCUGACAACAAGAUGUUUCUACUAACGCUGACCUCGAAUGAAAUUAAAGAAGAAAAUAACCUAAGAGCGCUUAGCAUCCACCCUACAGUCCUAAUCAGCUGCUCCAAAGAGGUGCAAGACAGGGUGAUCGACCUGAAAACUAUGCCAGUGGUUCUGCCCGCCAAAGCAAAAUCCCUGAAACUGCCUUCAAUUAAAUCGUCCCUCUUGAUUGAUGCUUCGUCUACAAAGCCAACAGCCAUCACUCAGUGGCACCAACUUGCCACAGCCUUGCCUUCUAGCGACCUUCUGUACUACAUUCUCGUGGUUGACCAAAGCCAAACAAGCGGCUGGACUUGUCCACUUGCCAUUCCAAUGCCAGGGGCUGUGGAGGGGUGCGCCAGCAGGCACAGUUUUGCCCUUGGAACGCAUUCUCUGGUGCUGACGACACACUUCAGGAAGAGCCAGGUGUUUGCCGUGAUCAGCAUAGAGCGGCAUCCACAGCUCAUAAUUCACAACAGUUGCGAGUUCGCGAUCAUCUUCGGCCAGGCCAACAUUGACAAGGGAAAACAGAGUUUCGCUACCAUGGAAGAGUGCGAAAACAUUCUGUGGCGCAAUGACUUGGCCGUAGGAGCAAGCAGGGCUUACAUGAUGCCUUCCUUGCAGCACUCAUUCCCAGAUUUGCAGAUCAAGCCGCCAGUUCUGGCGCUGCUCAUUGCCCGUGGAACCAAUCAAGUUUUCUCCUUUUUGGGUGACAUUGCCUGGUCUGAGCCGAUCGCUGUGAGUUGCUGCGGCCACGCUGAGCAGUUUGUCCGCUUGCCUCAACAUGGAGAUGUUCGUGUCCGCUCCCACUCCAUCAGUGGGGGCACCACUUACCUGUACAUCGAGUGCGUCAGCAGGAUCGAGAUUUCGGCCAAGGAAAUCAGGGCACGCUUGCAGCCAAAUCCGCACUCCGAAGUGCAGGUUCCCGAACAUGAUGACAAGAGGUGCCUUGAGGCGGACAUGAAGAUCAUUCCUGAGUGGCAGGCCAACGCACCCAAAUCGCAUUUUAUGCUCAGUUGCUACGCUAGAAGUACCAGAUUCACGAUUACAAAUGACACAAGCAAAUACAGUGUCGAGCUGCUGGCGUUGACGCUGGACAACAUUUUCGUCAAAAUGUGCCCAAUGAGUGGUGCCUCUCGCGAGUUGACCAUGGUUGUCGGUGACAUCCAGCUGGACAACCAAAUGUUUUACCAAGGCGGCUUCGACUUUCCGGUUAUCUUCAAAGGUCUGGAAGGGCUGAGCGAUGACAUCGUGCCCAUGCGUUUGUCAGAACUCAAGUUAGCAAGUGAACAGACCAAGGCUGCCGCCCUCCUUCAGGUCACUCUGGUGCAAGAAACGUGGGUCCACACCACAGUCAAGUCACUGAACGUUCGCCUGCGUCCAAUCAGCCUCUUCGUUGAGGACACGAUGAUCAUUGAAAUGAACAAGUUUGCCGCCACUCUCAACCCACCCAGUUUGAUCAUGCUACCAGAGAGCAGUUCUGAACAUGAUAAUUGUUUCUUGCCGCUCGACAUCGCGUGGGAGGUACAACAGGCUGCGGACCCUUUGCAGAUUCACCGGUUCUCUAUGGAUCAACUAUCACUAGUGGUCAGUGUGCACACCUCCUUGAAAGUCUUCAUAGCAUUGGACAAGUCGCCUCUAAACUUCUCGCCAUUCGAACGACACAGAAUCUGCACCACCAGCUACCAUCUAGGCCACGAAUUUACCAGACACUACCUCUCUGGGGCCCUUUUCAAAGCAGGCUGGAUGGUUGGCUCGCUGGAAAUCCUUGGCAGCCCUGGGGCAUUUGCCUUAACGGUCGGCACCGGUAUCAGAGACUUUGUUUGUCUGCCAUUCACAGGCAUCCUGCAGGGACCAUGGGGCUUUGUCAACGGUGUCACCCACGGGUCUGCCUCACUCAUGAAACAUUUAACUGCUGGAACUUUGAGCUCGAUUACAAACCUGGCCUCAAGCGUGGCGAGAAAUUUGGACCGUUGCUCAUUCGACCAAGAACACGUGGAGCGCACUGAAGAGGCUCGAAGGCAGAGGUCUCCUCAGGGAAUUGGCCAGGGCGUUGUCCAGGGUCUUAGCAGCUUGGGAAUCAGUUUGCUGGGUGCCAUCAGUGGAAUCGCGCACCAUCCACUGCAGGCGAUUAUUCAUCAGAACUCGUCGCCUCUCUCUGGCCUUGUGACCGGAGUAGGACUCGGCUUGGUUGGGGUUAUCACCAAGCCUUUGAGCGGGGCAGCCGAGUUUGUGGCGCUCACGGGACAAGGCCUCCUGCAUGGAGCUGGCUGGAGCAGCUUGCCAAAGGCAAGAAACGAAGCUCCAAUCGAGCAGAGUUCAAAUCGAACUGGGGCGCAGCUGCAGCACGUGUGGAAGUCAAGCUCGCUAGAUGACCCGAUUAUCAUGGCAGUGGAAGCGAUCCUCGAGCUGGAAGGAACCUUGGAAGCGGUUGUGCUUGUCCUCUCCACGCAAUACUUCAUGGUGGCCAUCCAGGAGACGGAGCAAAUCAAACACCUUAUCCCUGUUACCGACCUAAAACCAAAGCUUGACGAAAAUGACCCAACCCUCUUGUCUUUGGCGGUUGAGCAACUCGGCACCAAUGCAGAGUGCCAUUUAUCAGCAUGCUCUUGCGAGGUUGAAGACUACCCCCAAUCGAGGGUGGAAGAUUUUGUACGACAGUCGGGCGUUGCAUUUGUUCGAGACGCGGGCUCGCCUAACGGAAGUGCCACGCCGUUUUCAUCGCUCAAUUCGGACAACGUGGACAGCCCAAGCAAGCCGCUGAACUUCUUCGUGAAUCCGCAGCUGCGCAAAUACUUCUUCAGCGUGCUUGUGCUGGCCCAAAGGCAGGCGCAGAAUAAGGGUUUCGCCGUUUUAUGACACAAACUAGACGCUUUUUGCGACUGCUUGGCCUGUCUUUGUGAUACGUGAUUUCUUUACCGCGCUGGAUUGCAUUUUUUCUAUGAAAAUCUAUGUUGCUCACAAAAAUCAAUUGUUAAUUAAAGACUGCUGUGAAUUAAACUAAGAACACACCAUUUAUGUGUAGUUUUAUGUGAGUUGAAUUUUAGUUCAAUAAAAUUGAUCAAUUUAAA